GCCAGGCAGGGCAGCUUUACGCACACAGUUUGGAGCAGAAAGGACGGACUGAACAGCAGCUCUGCGUGUCUUCUUGCAGCUGCGCCGCUAAUAUCGUUUCUGGGUUUUCUCGCUCUCUCUCGCUUUUUUUUCUUCGUCUUGUGCGUCUUGCAACAUGGGCUCCGUGCUACCAGCCGACGCUUUGACACUAAAGUCUGGAUUUAAGUGCCCGAGCCGCUCGCUGUCGGACGUGAUCACCUCGGACAUCCUGCACAGUUUUCUGUACGGCAGGUGGAGGAACGUGCUGGGAGAACACCUGGCGGAGGAGCGUCAGAGCGGCAGCGGCACCAGCCCCAAGACCGCCUUCACCGCCGAGGUGCUGGCUCAGUCCUUCGCUGGAGAGGUGCAGAAGCUGUCCAGCCUGGUGCUACCCAGCGAGGUGAUCAUCGCACAGAGCUCGAUCCCUGGAGAAGGUUUAGGAAUCUUCUCAAAGACGUGGAUCAAAGCUGGAACCGAGAUGGGCCCCUUCACUGGGAGGCUGUUGUCCCCUGAACACGUGGACCUGUUCAAGAACAACAACCUGAUGUGGGAGGUGUUCAAUGAAGACGGCACAGUGCGUUAUUUCAUCGAUGCCAGUCAGGAGGACCAACGCAGCUGGAUGACCUACAUCAAAUGCGCCCGGAACGAGCAGGAGCAAAACCUGGAGGUGGUGCAGAUCGGCAGCAGCAUCUUCUACAAGGCUGUGGAGACCAUCCCACCAGACCAGGAGCUUCUUGUCUGGUAUGGAAACACCCACAACACGUUCCUGGGAAUCCCUGGAGUUCCUGGAACAGAUGAGGAACACCAGAAGAAAAGCAGGAAUGAUGACUCCCACUCCUGUGACGGCGCCACCUCCUGCUCUCCUUCAUCCUCCUCCUCCUCCUCCUCCUCUUCAUCCACCACCUCCGGUCGAAUGCGCUGCGUCAUCUGCCACCGCGGCUUCAACUCCCGCAGCAACCUGCGCUCCCACAUGCGCAUCCACACCCUGGACAAGCCCUUCGUGUGCCGCUUCUGCAACCGCCGCUUCAGCCAGUCGUCCACGCUGCGCAACCACGUCCGCCUGCACACCGGCGAGCGGCCCUACAAGUGCCACGUGUGCCAGAGCGCCUACUCGCAGCUGGCGGGCCUCAGGGCGCACCAGAAGAGCGCACGGCACAAGCCGGUGGCGUCCGGCGCGGAGGUGCCCUCGCAGGUGUCCCCUCCUCCCCCUCCUCCCCCACAGAUGACGGCCAUGCCCCACCAGAUGCCCCUGGUGCACCACAUCCCCACCAUGGUGCUAUGAUGAUGAUGAUGAUGAUGAUGAUGAUGAUGAUGAUGACAGACGCGCGGACGGACUGUGUCGCAGUUGCACUUUAGAGCCCAGCUGUAGUGGAGGAGCUCCUCACGAAACAAGCUCUCAUUAAGGAAAAAGUUCACGUGAAACACCUUUAAAGUUCCCGCCUUAAUGGUGCUGCUUGUAUCUUUGGCUUUCAUGUGGUCAAAAUUACAGCAUAAAGAUGUUUUAAUGUUUGUAUUUUGGGAAUAUACUUUAAAAAAAAGAACAAUUCUAUCCAGAUUUUUCACCUCAUCUGUUAUCAGUGCUUCUCUGUGUAAUCAUAAGAAGUUAACAAAUGUCAUAUAUAUAGCUAUAAAUGUGAGACCAGACAUAUUUUCUAUAUUUUGAUCCGUCUUUAUUUGGCAUCACGUCCUCACCAGCUCAGGUGAAAAGUACCUUCAGAGAUUUGUACAGUCAAUAGAAAAACGCAUUCAUUCAUCGUUUUGUUCCACACUGUAAACGGAAAUUGUCACUUUAACCUUGUACAGACCAGGUACUUUGGAGAAUUGUGUGACUGUAAAAUUGCAUUGUAUGCUACUGUACAUGUGAAUGUAAAUACAUUUGUGCUUUCUUCUAUUCUAAAUAAAUGAUAUGCUAUGA